AUGUCAAUCAUAAUCCUCCAGGCUAUGGUGCAACAAGACACGAGCCUCGGUGCCGUCAAGUUUGACUGGCGCCAACAGACAGCGGAAGAGUAUUUCUCUGAAUCUGAUGGUACGAAGUUUGACCUUGCCCAUGCUGUACAUGUUCUGUACCAUGUGGACGAUCACCACGCCACUUUGCGGAACAUGUGGGAACAACUGGUUGAUGGUGGCCACCUGUUUGUCAAAAUUCUUUCGGACAAAAGAGGCAUGGGGAAACUGUACCAUGAAGUCUGGAAGUGGUUUCCACAUGGAAACGAUCGUCUGAGGACGUGUCUUCGCACUUCUAGUGACGUCACGCGAUCGCUCGAAUCCAGCGGCAUCAGUUACGUCAUCGCUGAGGACGAGCAUGACGUCAACCUUGCCGAGUGUUACAAGGAGGAUUCGGAGGCGGGAAGACUGCUUCUCGACUUCAUGACGCAAACGUCGAACGUCUAUGCUCACCCCAAGAUGAGAAAACUAGCAGUAAGCAAAAUCGAUCCAAACACGACACUCGCAGUGCACGACACUCGCAGUGCAGUCUUCGCCUGA